AGCAAAAUGCGCGCCUUCAUUAAACCUAUUCUGUAGGAAGGCGUAAGUUUCGGGCGUAACACAGUUGUCUGGCUUUGGAGAGCGUUUCCUUAAUUUAGCAUAGCUGCCAAACGCGUUGGUUGCAUUGGAAGCCUCCAGUGUUGAGGUGAGUGCGCGGGCACGUUCGGGCAGCAGGAAAUGAGACGAGACGGGAUAGGCUUGCAGCACCUUCCUCUCUCCCGAAGCUUUUGUUGCUGUUUGCAGAGCCAAAAGCUUGCCAACGUGCUCAAUUGCAAGGCGGCGAAAGAAAAGACAAGGCGAGCCCAACCUAACCUAACCUUGCCUCGCCUUGCCUCUUCUCCCCCUCCCGCUCCCGGACGUCUGGAACAGGAAAAAGCAGAAUAAUUUCCCCUUUUAAAGGCAACUGCUUGCUGCUGGAGUUGGCCUGUGAUCUGGAACGAAAAACGCUUGGAUACCAAGAAUGUUCGGAACCCCACCCCAAGAUACCUCCACAAAGAAGUUGAAAGCUGAAAGCAACAUGUCUUCAAUUGCAGCUUACUACAGUGGGAAGUCAGUACUUGUUACAGGAGCCACAGGUUUUAUGGGCAAAGUGCUAGUGGAAAAGCUACUGCACUCCAGUCCUGAUGUGAAAGCUAUUUAUAUACUUGUGAGACCCAAAGCUGGACAAUCUAUGCAAGAGAGAGUGGUGGAUAUGGUGAAAUGUAAGGUGUUUGAUCGAGUCAGAGAAGAGUGGCCCAGCUUCCAUGAGAAGAUUAAACCAAUCAAUGCUGAACUCACCCAGCCAAACCUGGCCAUCACUCCUGAGGACACUCAGGAGCUCCUCUCUGAAGUCAAUGUUGUCUUCCAUUGUGCUGCAACAGUUCGCUUUGAUGAGCCACUGAAGCAUGCCCUUCUGCUAAAUGUCAUGGGCACACAGCAGCUCCUGAUGUUAGCCCGUCAGAUGCAGAAACUUGAGGCCUUCAUCCACCUUUCAACUGCCUAUGCAAACUGCAAUAGGAGUUAUAUAGAGGAAAUUGUUUAUCCCCCUCCUGUGGAACCCAAGAAACUUUUUGAUCUUGUAGAGUGGAUGGAUGAGUCCCUCAUUCAAGAGAUCACACCCAAACUUAUUGGGGAUUGGCCCAACACCUAUACAUUCACCAAAGCCUUGACAGAGUACUUAGUUCAGCAAGAGAAAGGUAACAUAAAUGCUGCCAUCAUUCGACCAUCCAUAGUGGGAGCCAGCUGGCAGGAGCCUUUCCCUGUAAGCAUGAUUGUUCUUCCAUUUCUGCUGAGUACUCUGAAAAAUCCCUCUGCAGCUGUUGCUUUGCUCCCAGCAAUUUGUCUGGGUUGGAUUGAUCAGUUCAGUGGAACAAGCGUUUUCAUUAUUGCGGCUGGAAAGGGGAUUAUACGUACUGUAAAAUGCAACACAGGUGCAGUAGCAGAUAUCAUUCCAGUUGAUGUUGCCAUCAAUUUGACCCUUGCUGCUGGAUGGUACACUGCAGUUCACAGACCAAAGUCAAUGUUAGUAUACAACUGUACAACCGGUAACAUCAACCCAUUUCGCUGGGGAGAAAUGGAAUAUCACGUCAUAUCCACAUUUAAGAGGAAUCCCCUGGAGAAAGCCUUCAGAAUACCCAGUACUAAUAUGACCUCAAACUACUUCAUGUACCAGUAUUGGACGGCUGUCAGUCACAAAGCCCCUGCCUUUCUCUAUGAUUUGUAUCUAAGGCUAACUGGAAGGAAGCCAAGAAUGAUGAAGAUCUUCAACCGUCUCCACAAGUCUAUGAGGCUCUUGGAAUUUUUUACCAGCCGUACCUGGAAAUGGAAUUCAGAUAAUAUGAACAUGUUAAUGACCCAACUCAGUGCAAAAGACAAGAAAUUAUUCUGUUUUGAUAUCUGCCACCUGCAUUGGUCAGAAUAUAUAGAAAAUUUCUGCCUAGGAACUAAGAAAUAUGUGCUGAAUGAAGACAUGGCUGGUAUUCCUGCGGCAAAGCAGCAUUUAAGAAAGCUAAGAAACAUUCAAUAUGUACUCAACACCACCCUUCUCGUGAUCAUCUGGCGCAUAUUCAUUGCAAGGUCACAAAUGGCACAAAACAUAUGGUACUUUGUGGUGAACCUCUGCUACAAGUUCCUUAACUACUUCAGAGCUUCCAGUACCCUCAGGCAUUGAAAAUUACCUGUCUAGUUAUUGACCACUAUCUACUGGAAGGACUUCCAUCUUCUCCAAUCAACAGCUAUGUGUGUAUGAUCUUGAAAGUAGCAGGGUAUCUCUCAGCUGUAUCAUUCAACAUACUUCAUCAAAGAUUAAUUGCUUAUUUUUAUUAAUGCGUUAAUGAAACAAUCUUUCCUCUCUAGGUCUACCAGGCUAAAUAGCAAAGCCAUAAGUAAAUAUUUGGACAUAGGUCAUUUUAUUUGAACAUUUUUCCCCUGCAGAUUACCAAAGCAGCAAUUUCUCACCUCAAAUAUAAAAAGCUAUCAAAUAAUCACCCCAGUCCCUAAUCCUGUUUCUUCCUAUGCCAUAACUGAAAUACGAAAAUUGGCAAAGGACAUAAGGAAGCAAGAAAUAACUGAGAGGUGGGGGUUUGUGCAUAUUUUUCAGUACCCUUCGUAGCUGAACUGAGACCAAGUAUGGUUUAAAUAUUUUGUUUUUGUAAGUGUCUGCCUCAUUUAGAAUGAAGAUGAGAAAGAGAAUUAAAUCAACGUAAGACUGAUGGAGAAGUUGAAUUUUCUGUCUCUCUGGCACACACAAAUGUUAGUAAACUUUUAAAGUAUACAAACACAUGUAGGUCUCUCCUACAGACUUAAAAUGAUUUAUAAUUGUUUCUUCUUCCCAGGGAACCCUGGGAAUUGUAUUCAGUUAAUAUAUCCCUUUCACAGAACUAUGGGUUCCCAGACCUUAAAAUGCUCAACAUACUACAAUUUCCAGAAUUUUUUGUCAGAAGCCACAACAGUUAACCUGGUAUAAAUCUGAUAUACUUGUAGUGUAAAUGUGCCCCUAUAAUACAGGCCAUUUUAUUAUGAAGUUAAAGGCCCUUUCCUUUUUGUUACAGAGGAGAUGCUUGUAUAUUACCUACAGCGUGUCUCUCUUCGCUUUGCGUACAAACACUUUGCACCAUCCUGCAGAGAAUCCCUUUCAGUGAUGACAAAAGCUGCAGCUGUUGAUUAGAAAUCAAAAUGAGUGGGUGCAAGAAACAAGCUGGUUUCCAACGUUCUCAGUGUAUUUCAAAUAUAAUUCUUUGUAACAUGUAAAUUAAAAAAUGAAUAUUCUUACUGAAAUCAUUCUCUUCCAGCUCACUCCAGAGGACUUAUUCCGCAGUUGUAAGAGAACAUUCCAUUUAAGUUUAAUGGUCAGAGAAGCUGCUCUCUGUUGGGCUAGCAUGAAAACAACAAGAUUGGAGCUGGAUGGAAGAAGAGUCCAGCAGGCAAAGCCAAGACUAGUACCCAAAACUGACCCAGCUCUGAUUUGAACACAUUUAUAUCCAGCCCAGGUCAGGGUGAACUAAUCAAUAUCUGGCUGGCCCUCACAGCCAUUAAAUGACACCAAAUUAGAAAAGGGAAAUUAAAUGAAUCCUCUAUUUUGUCUGCUGUUUCCUUUGCCGGCCCAUUUCCCAGAAGUUACUAGAAGAAAACCCAUACAAUUUGUGCUUGGUGGAAACUGUAGCAGACCUUGGACACAUCCCACUAGAUCCCAGUGCCUUUCAACUGCAAAACAUUUUUCUCACCAACCUUUCCAGACUGCACUUGCUUUCAAUAGAACUGCACUGAAUAAUCUUCCAUUUCAGCACUCACUUCAAAGUUAGUACAUUUAAUACAGCAAAGUAGGUUACUGGAAAAUAUUCUUCUUCUCUGCCCUCACUGUCCUUAAACAAGUUGUCUGCCCUUACAGGUACUACAUUUGGCUUUAAUGAUCCACAUGAUUUUGUUUAUGGGUGUCUGUAAUAAUGCCAAGCAACUAUGAAACAAUACAAACGUGUUUGCAAUAAGUGUCAAAAAUGGCAGAAAAUGGGAGGCACUUUUCAAUACAGAAAUGUACACAAAAUGAGGAUCACUACUAUUUUUCAAUGAAAAUCCUAUUUUUCAGAAACAUUUACAAUGGCAUAAGGAUAUUUGUAUUUAAUCUGAAAGACAUAGGGGGCUACUAUACUGCUUAUUAAAUAAGUAGAUUUGAGACUUGGGUACAAAACUGCAUUAUCCUUGAUAAUUUCAUCUCUGAGUGAGUUUAUCGUGAACACUUUCCAGUUUAAACUUGUGUAUGAUUAAUUUAUUUAAUGUAUUCCUUAACCACUAGCUACUGUUCUUUGCCUUUAAAAUUCUAUUGUUUUUUACAUUUAAAAUACUGCAGAGGAAGUCUGUUGUAAUGAACAUUUUGCUUGUGUCUUUGAUAGGAACUUCUAUCUAAAAAAACACUACUCAGUUUCAAAGGCUGUUAAAUACCAGUGAACUGGUCCCAUGUAGCGUUCACUGAAGUACUUCAGCACUUUAUAGCAGUGAAACAAAUUGGCAAGAACAUUAUAAAUAUCUAACAAGUACAAAAAUUACACCACCAGGCCCUUUCCAAAUUCUGGCAGUCACAACCCCUCUAAAACCAAAGCAUUGCGAUCACUUUUUGAAGAUGCUCAAACUCUAGUUUUGACAAGUUUGAAGGAAGUAGAAAUUUUAGAGUUUGGGGUAGCCAUAAUGUGCCUUUGUAGUCUUCAUCUGAUACACAAAUGUGCUCUCAGCCAGAUUGUGAUAGGACAGGGAAGCAGUCUAGGGAUAUGAAGGCUGCAAACCAAUAAAGUAUCUCUGAUAGCCUACAUUUAAGGACUUUUGUAAUGAUUAUAGAGGUUAUAUAUAAGAAGUGCUGUGUGCACAUAGAAAAAAACACUAUUUAAAAACUCUUAUGAUUAUUAAGUCCCAGACAGGCAAGCUAGGUGGCCUAGAAUGGCCUAUUCCAUUGUCAUCACAUUUAUGGGAGAAUUCUCAACAUAGCAAAGGAAGGUAGUAGCAAAACAAAGGAUUUUUCUCAUUACCCAAAAGCUGAAGAAAUUGAAUUAUUGCAACUUAAUAUUUGCAUCCAGUGUGGUUUCUAUUUACUACACAGAAAAAGUACAUUGUCAGUUGAACUGUUGGCCAGAUCAUGCUACUGGUGGCUUCAAUUGCUAGAGCUUGCAAACAGGUCACUUUAUUUGUAACUUAGAUGUUGCAGAGUUUGAAAGAGGUGUGAGCUUGCAUGUGCAAGUAUUGUCAAGACUGAAGCUUUAAGGCUGGUAUUUCUUAGCCUUGUUGCAUCAGGGCUUUCAGCCUGCCUGUUGUUGGAAUAAGGUGCAGCCUGAUUCACUGGGAGCAUGGAGCAAACCUGCCUGGCUUUGCAUCUAAACUCUUAGUGAACUUUGGUUAAGAUUCUAGGCCGCAUUUGUUUCUCUGGCUUUCCACCUCAUCUUGAUUCCUGGCUUCGUAUCUGAUGUCUGCCUGCCUGCGAGUAUGACCCAUCUUAUGUGUUAGCUCACCUCUAUUGACCCUAGGAUUGCCAACUUGCAAUUUAAAAAAAAUCGACAUGCCAAGGUGUGAUACCUGACAGUUUUUCAUGGAACAGGAAAGCCUGGAAGGUAUUGGUGGAUGGGGGGGGGAUUAACCUCCCUCACUUGGCAUACCACAUUUAUUUCAUAGAAUCAGAAUAGUAGAGUUGGAAGGGUUUAUAAGGCCAUCAGGUCCAACCCCUUGCUCAAUGCAGGAAUCCAAUUUCAAGCAUACCUGACAGGUGGCCAUUCAAGUUGCCUCUUAAAUGCCUCCAGUGUUGGAGAGCCCAUCACCUCCUUAGGGAAUUGGUUUCAUUGUUGUACUGCUCUAUCAGUUAGGAAGUUUUUCUUGAUGUUCAGCCAAACUCUGGCUUCCUAUAACUUGAGCCCAUUAUUCCAUGCCCUGCACUCUAGAUAAGAAGAGAUCCAGGCCCUCUUCUGUGUGACAACCUUUCAAGUACUUGAACAGUGCUAUCAAAUCUCCUCUUCUCAAGCCUAAACAUGCCCAGUUCUUUCAGUCUCUCCUCACAGGGUUUUGUUGCCAGUCCCGUGAUCAUCCUUGUUGCCCUCCUCAGAACCUGUUCCAGUUUAUCUGCAUCCUUCUUAAAGUGUGGUGUCCAGAACUGAAUACAGUACUCAAGAUGAGACCUAACCUGUGUUGUAUAGAGGGGAGCUAGUACUUCACGUGAUUUGGAAACUAUACUUCUGCUAAUGCAGCCUAAAAUAGCAUUUGCCUUUUUUGCAGCCACAUCACACUGUUGGGUCAUAUUCAGCUUCUGAUCAGCAAUAAUUACAAGAUCCUUCUUGCUGAGCCAAGUAUCCCCCAUCUCAUAAAUGUUCAUUUGGUUUGUUUUCCCUAGGUGUAGAACUUUGCAUUUAUCCCUGUUGAAUUUCAUUCUGUUGUUUUCAACCCAAUGCUUCAGCCUACCAAGAUCACUUUAAUUUUUGAAUUUUGUUUCUGUCUUCAAAGUUCCUAAGUUCAGGGAAACCUUCCCACAUCAACAUCUAUCACAGAACUCAAGUUUGCUACAGAAGAUGCUUGGGUAUACACAUUGGGGGAUGCUGGCUAGGCCUGUUGGGUCUCACUGUCACUCUGUGUUAAGACUGCACAUCCAACACUGCACUGCAGCUAAACAUUGCAGGGGAGUUUUGAUAGUAUCAGUAAACAGUCUUUCAGGGAAACUUGUCCACCAUUGUUGAUCUUCUAAUUAAAGAACACAGGGUUGCCUGGCACACAGUUUGAAACUAAAGCAUGCUUCUGUCUGCACUGAAACUCACAGAAAACAAAGAUGAAGUAGAGCCUAAUGGUAUGGCAAAAGAAAGGAAAUAUUACAUUUCUAGCAAAUAUAUGAGUAAUCCUGCAAUAUGGUGCUAAAUCUUGGUAAGAACAAAGCAAAAUCUUUCUUAGGAAAAUACAUGUACCAUUUAAUUAACUGGUGAAGUUUAACCAAAUCAAGAUAUUCCAUGCCAUUUUCUGUUUAUAAAGAUAUUGUGACUUACAAUUGUGAGAAAUGACAUUUAGAAUCCUUUUUCCCCAUUUAUGAGUCAUUAUGAUGAUAAGAGGAGUAGUGGAAUACUCAUUCUCCAACUGCCCAAAAUUUGUAAGAUGAAAUCUAUCUUUCUAUACAUUUGUUAUGUACAAGACAACAAACAGCUAUUACAGCUACAAUCAGGUUUAUCAUCACAAGGUGCUCUGUUUGUGAGCUCUUAUAUUGAACAAACUAAAACA